AUGAGUUCGGCUGCUUCAAGGUUUCAGAGAAUCUUUACUCCCAAGAGAGUCAGAGUCUUGAAGAAAAUGGCAGUGUCCGGUGCUGUGGCCUCUGUGCCGGUCCUAGUAUGGUGGAAGAUUGCCUCCGACGAACGUGAACAAAAGGCUGAAGAGGUCCGUACCAAAGUACGAGUCCCCAAUAUUCAGACGAUUGAUGAUAUUAUGAUCGAACGAUGCCGGCCUGGGGACGUCUUGCUAUUUGAUCGACGAUGGGAAACCUGUGCGUCAGGACCACUUGCCGCUCUUGUUUGCGUGCUCGGACGAUACUUUCUAUGCUUUGACGAUCCCAAUAAAGUCAUGCCUGACGGAAAGUUUGAUCACUGUGGUAUUGUCGUGCCAGGGUAUGCAAAGAACAAAAAAGAUGAGUUGGAUCCUUCGAAUCUGCUGUUACUGGAGGCAACUGCUGGGGGAGGAAUUGUUGCACGACCGUUGUUGAUGCGAUUGGAAAUGUCCAGAGCGAGAAGUGCUGUCCUAUUGCCUCUCGCUCUUCCUGGGGAACGAAGGAAUGAUCAAUUCUUCGAACCAACACCUACUACGAUCGCCACUGAGGUUUUUGUUCGCAAGCAGUUGACCGAAUUUCGAGACAAAUGGUUGGAGAUAUCGAAGGAAAAGAACUACCGACGAGUGCAUUCAACCUUAGGUUUGGCAGGUGCUUUGGCGUAUGGAUUUGGCGUUCACACGCAAAAUCCUGGCCCAACCUCACCAUCUGCGUGGUUUGUGACCAUGGCGUUGCAAGACGCCAAGAUUGCCCAGAGCGUGUCUGUGAGACAAACUAAAGAAGCCAAAGUGGAGGACUUUUUGCGAGAUUACCGAUUCCAAGACCACGAUGUCAUUCGUCUUCGGCCUGGGUGGAGAUUCUUGGCUCCUGUCUCUUUCCGAGAGACGUAA